UGUGCCUUACUUUCUCCCCCGUCACUCUUUCGCUCUCUGGCCUCCCCCGCCUCCCCCCGCCUCCCCCUUCACCUGUGUGGCCAUGCUGGAGCGUAUGUCCCGUCGCUCUCGCUCCCUGCUCUCCCUGACCUUGACCACUCUGGCUCUGGCCCUCUCCAUCCUGGCACUCUGCACCUCCUACUGGUGUGAGGGCACCCACAAGGUGGUCAAGCCCCUCUGCCUAUCGCCUGUUAAAAUGAAGAACUGUGGUCAGAACGACAGCGAGCCUUACACCACAGAGAGUCCCACACAGAACCCCUUCAACCGCACACUGUCUCCAGCCAGGAGGGACGAGCUGGCCAAGAUUAGACAGAGGCAGCUGGCCAAUGCUGUUCAGUACAUCUGGGAGACGGGAGAAGACAAGUUUGCUUUUAGAUACUUCCACACUGGUUUCUGGGAAAGUUGCGAGAAACACAGCGAUGGAGAGAAAUGUCGAAGCUUUAUCGAGUUAACACCUGGAGAAACACAAGGUGUGCUCUGGCUGUCAGUUAUUUCAGAGUUUACGUACAUAGGCCUGCUGGGGAUGGGAUUCUUACUGAUGUGGCUGGAAGUCUUGUGUUCCCAUAAAGAGAUGCACUCGCUAAAAAUCAAUGCCUAUGCAGCUAUCUGUACUGUGUUAUCAGGUCUUCUUGGGAUGGUGGCCCAUAUGAUGUACACUACAGUAUUUCAGAUGACAGUCAUUGUGGGCCCCAAAGACUGGAGGCCUCAGUCCUGGGACUACGGCUGGUCUUUUGCUCUUGCCUGGGUGUCGUUUAGUUGCUGUAUGGGGGCCGCUGUGGUCACCCUCAACUCCUACACAAAGACCAUCAUUGAGCUCCGUCGCAGACAGAGGCUCCGUUUGGAGGAAGCAAGAAACGCCACUCAUGCUCCUUCCUAUGAUGAGGUUGUUCCAGGGGGCGGGCUCUACUCUGUCAGUGGCCUGUUGCAGUGUCCAGAUGGCAUGAUCGAUGUAGCGUGGGCCCCGAACGGUAGUGUGGUUGGAGUAGGAAAUGGGGAUGUGCCAACGCUGGUUUUAGUAGGAGGCUGUGGGCCAGAGGGGUGUGAAGACUGUGAGAGAGAGAUGGAUGAGAUGGAUGAGGCCAUGGACCGAGUUGAUUCACCUUGUUAGGGGAUCUUUUAUAUCCAUCAACUUACAAGGGCUGACAAACUGAAAAAGGAAAGACUCUGUCACCGUGCUGGAGAAGCAUCAAUGUGAGCAAACAGAUGCUGUUUUUUAUUUUCUUUCACUUUGACUUUCAGUGAAGUUGGGACAUACUAAUUUGCGCAUGAAGGCCGGUGAAAUCAACACAUAUUAAACUGUAAAGACUACAAUAUAUGAGUAUGUCACACUGGCAUGCAAGACUGCAUGUUUUACGAGUAUUUCUCAGUGCCUCAUGGUAGGAAAGUAAAUGUGUGUCUCUUUCUGUAAAGGCAUAUAAACUUAAAUAUUACUUAAUUGUUUAUAUUUUAACAUGCAAUAACAAGUCAUAUCAAUGAUCAUUUCACUGCCUAGACAGGGUGGAUGUUUCUUCUGCUGAUACCUAAACAGGUCAGACUGUCCUUUCUCAUUUAUCUGAGUGGGCCAUUCAACAUUAUUUGUUUUUUUCAAGCUCUUCUCUUGCUUGUGACAAACGUUUGAUGCAAUGCAUGUAGACCAGAGGUUAAAACAAACACAGUCUCACUGCAGAUGCACAGACAAACCCAUACGACAGACGUAGUGAUAGAAAGAUUACAGAGAUUUUGAAAAGUCUGCUCUCUGAUGUUGAACAGAAGAUUAUGUGUAAACCAGUAAUCCCGAGUUGGAUGGAAAUGAAGGAGGAAUAGAGUGAGGAGAGAUGGAGGGCAUGUGAAGGGAUGGAGCAGGUUGUGGGAGGUUAGAACGAAAAGUUGAAAAGAAACACAGGCACGCACACAGACACACACUAAAAACAUCACACUUUCAGGGAAAUAAUUGUUUUUUUAAAUUCAGGUAUUUACUGUGUUUAACAUAAAAUUAUAUAGGCAACAUUUUUUAAAUAAACGUACAAAAAUGUACAUUAAAUGUUUGUAGGUUUUACAUGUGGGAUACUCUUGGAUUUACUGUCCGAGACAUAAUAAUUGAACAACAUAUAAUUGAAAACCUAAAACACAAAGCAUCAUUUUUACUAGCAUUAUAAACAUAGUAUGUUUCUAGGUCAUAGAUGAGUUUAUUAUUUUUUGGGAAAGACAAAUAAAUAGAUUUUCAAAGCACAGAUUUCUGAGAAAAUAUUUAAUUGAUUGUACAGUGAAUAGAGUAUAACACUUCAGAGCUACCACAUUUCCAGUUAUGUAAAAAAAACUUAAGUGAGCUAACAAUUGGGUAUGAUACUUAGAUUUGUCAUUACCAUUAAUUUCUCCAGUCAAAACAUUUUUGAACCAUUUAAAAGGUUAACAGUAAGACACAUUUAUAAUACACAUUCUGAAUGUAUAUAUGUAUCGCAUCAAUAAUAGUCACCAGAAAUCUCAUUUUUAGCUGUAUACAUUUUAAACACUAUUCCAUAAUUUACCUCUUUUAGCCUCUAUUUCACAUAAAUUAAUAGACAAAGAUGAUAGUAAACCAAUAUGACAUAAACGAAAACUUACUGAAAGGUUAAUUGCAACCAAGACACUGUAGAGAAGAGUAUUUACACGGAGGGGUUGAGUGGAUGAAAGAGCAGGAAGCAUGUGAGGCUGAGAAAAAAUAAAAGUUUAAGAGAGUCUAAUGAGAGUAGGAAUGACUUUAUUCUUUAAUUGGUUCAUAGUGGAUAAGACGCAUUGCAUUCUCAUUUUCAAUCACUCCUUUGAUGAACUCUCCUUCAGCCAGUCGCUCUAUGAGAAGAAAAAAAAAAAGUAAGAGAAAACGGUGUGUGUGUGUGUGAGUGUGUGUGAC